CGCCGUGGUUCAGUCUACGCCGGAACCCUUAAGCCAACACCAGCCAGCUGAUCCCACGGUUCUACUCCCCAAACAACCUGACCCGUUGAAUCAACAAGACUUGGUUGGGUGUUCAGGGAAUACGGAGGAGGAACCUCCCAAAUAUUUGAACAACAAUCCCGUUCGUGUGUGCAACUCUGGAACACCUCGCGAUGCCUCUACUGAACAGUUUCGCCGCGAACUCUGAAGAAGCUUGAGACAAAAGUAGAUUUGUCUCAUCGGGCUAGGUUUUGGCGAUUUCUACUGUAUAUAAAAUGUGCGCCGCGAUUCGUUCGGCCAGUAAGUCGGCAGGUUCGGCGAGUUGGAUUGGAGCUUCCACCGGAAUUGUGACCUUCUGCUGGAGUUAGUGUGUGUUUGUGUUCAGGAAGUUCUGCGUGCAACCGGUGUGACCUCCAAGUCGAUCAGCUGGGCAACCUCGUGGUGAAAGGGUCGACCCGUCUAAUACACGACUUACAGUCGUUCAGUUGUGGUGAAAUUCAAGUGCAGCUAGGGGGAGCUGUAACUGUUACAGCUGAUAGCUGGCGAGCUCGUAGAGAGUCAAGAAAGAAAGGUUAUCAGCUGGCUCAAGGAAGACAGCAGCUACAGCUGAACAACGCGAAUUCUUGAAUUGCUGGACUGUCAAGUUCCGUUAAGAAUCGUCCGAAAUUUACGAGCCAGACACCGGUCUCGACAGUAUCAACAAAAACUGCCGAUCAGUCUACUACGCGAAAGUAGUGCUUCCUCGUAAGCAAGAGAGUUGCGUCUCGGAAGUGAUCAAAACCAAACAAGCCAAACCGAUCGUCACCAGCUACUAAUACUAAUAGCUGCAAGUACGAUCGUCGUCAGCCUUAUCGCCAACGAGUUGAUUCGUUGUUUUGUUUCGGAUCCACAGUAGUGUUCACGCGCUCAACCGGAGCGAACGCGCGUUCUCCGGCUGCUACUCCUCGUAACUUGAACUUCUCGCUUGGUGUUCUGCUCGUACGCUGAGCAAGUGUUCAGAAGAAGAACCUGCGGGUUCAGUGAUUUCUCGCACGCCCGUUGGAAACUGCUGACGAAACGGCGCGCGUUUGUUUGUUUUGUUGUUAUGCAAUUUAAUUCUGACUAAUAAAAAUAAAAGGAAAAAAACGAGGGGGGACAAACCAAUCAAGUUGCAGCAGAGAUAUUGAUCAACGCAAAUCGAAUUGUCCCAAAAAGAGAAACAACAUCAUCAUGCUGAACCAAAAGGGAACCUCUUCGGAUGCUAGCACGGUGAAAGUGAAACCGGAGUACAACGAGCUGAGCUAUCUCGUGACGAGGCAGUGUCUCCACCAGGAGGAGUUCAACCAGCUGUCGCAGUAUGACCGGGUCAAGCCGACGCCGGCCGAAUCGCUGAUCAACUCGGUGCGCGAGUUCCGCUGCUUCCAGACGUUCCUCGGCUUCAUCCCGAUCCUGCAAUGGCUGCCCAAGUACUCGCUGAAGCGCGACCUCAUGGGGGACAUCACCGCCGGGGUGACCACCGCCGUCAUGCACAUCCCCCAGGGCAUGGCGUACGGACUGCUCGCGGGAGUUCCGGCCAACGUGGGCCUGUACAUGGCGUUCUUUCACUGUCUGACGUACGCGGUGUUCGGGACGUCGAGGCACAUCUCAGUGGGGACGUUUGCGGUGGUGAGUUUGAUGACCGCUAAGGUUGUGGCGACCUACUCGACGGUUGUGCCGGCUGUGAUCAAUGGGACGGACGCGUUGCUACCACCGGCGGAUCCGACGGAACCGAUCUACACGCCCAUUCAGGUCGCGACGGCGGUGUCGUUUGUGGCGGGAUGUUUUCAUAUCGUCAUGAGCUUGAUCCGGUUGGGUACGCUGUCCGCACUGCUGAGUGAGCCUCUGGUCAGUGGGUUCACAACGGCCGCCGCGAUCCACGUGUUGGUCAGCCAGCUGAAGGACCUGCUCGGGGUUUCGAUCCCCCGCUAUAAGGGUGCCUUCAAGAACAUCUUCUCGAUGCGGGACAUCAUCGAGCAGGUCCCAAACUCGAAUCUCUCAGCCGUUUACACCUCGACGAUUGUGAUCUUGUUUAUGAUCUUCAUGAACGAGUACAUGAAGCCGUGGGCUUCGAAGAAGUGUAAAUUCCCGAUCCCGGCGGAGUUGCUUGUGGUCGUUGGAGGUACCGCCGCGUCGUACUUUAUUGGACUCGGACCGAACUUUGGCGUAACGCUGGUCGGGGUGAUUCCCGUGGGUCUACCUGCGCCCGAAAUGCCUCCGCUAGCGCUGAUCAAACUGGUUGCCGUUGACACGAUCGCACUCACCAUCGUCAGCUACUCGAUCGUCAUGUCCAUGGGACUGAUUUUUGCCCAGAAGGAGAACUACGAGGUUCGUGCCAACCAGGAGUUGAUCGCGAUGGGUGCAACGAACAUCUUUGGAUCGUUCUUCUCGUGCAUUCCGACGGCGUGUUCACUGUCGCGAUCGCUGAUCCAACAUCAGGCAGGGGGAAAGACUCAGAUCACCGGGGUGGUUUCGUCCAUGUUGAUCUUGGUUGUGCUGCUGUGGGUUGGACCGUACUUUGAAACGCUCCCACGUUGCGUCCUGGCCUCGAUCAUCUUCGUCGCACUGAAAGGCAUGUUGUGGCAAGUCAAGCACAUCAAGAAGUUCCACCUGGAAGGUACGCUGGAGCUGUUCGUUUGGCUCGUUACCUUCCUCAGCGUGGUGAUCAUCGACAUCGACAUCGGUCUGCUGGUCGGCGUGUUGUUUUCGUUGGUGGCUCUCUACAUCAAGGGCUGGAAGACCUACUACAGCCUGCUCGGAACGGUUCCGGAGACCGCGAUCUACGUUGACAUCGGCAGUCAUCACCGCGCCGAGGAGGUGCCACACGUUAAGAUCUUCAAGUACAGUGGCCCAAUCAACUUUGCCAGCAAGGCCACCUUCAAGAGGGCCCUCACCAAGGAAGUCGGCAUCGACCAAAGUCUCGUCCACCGCGCUUCCCGGUACGACGCCGCCGGAGAAGGCGCCGGUCUCCAGCUCAUCAAAACCGUCAUCAUCGACCUGUCGAGCGUGGCCCACAUCGACACCGCUGCCUGCAAGACGUUCAGUGAGAUCAAGAAGGAAAUGGCCGCCGUCGGCGUCGCCACGCUGAUCGCGAACCCCUCGGACAACGUGUACGACACGCUGCUGCACGCGGAGUCCAUCGGCGAGGGCGGGUUCCACAUCUUCCCGACGAUACACGACGCGGUUCUGUACGCCCAGGGUGCGGUCUCGGCGGUCUAACCGCCUGGAACCUCAGGUUAAAGAUGAUGUGCCAAAGAGAAGCGAGAACUUCGAACAUGUGCCUUUAAAGAAACUCUCUUUCUGUUAGGGAGGUCCGACGAGUAGCAGAACAAGAAUAGUUUAGUAGUUUAUGAAACUUAUAGAACAACCUAGUACUUAAGGCAAGAUUGACUCAAUUUUAAACACGAAAGAACAGAAAAAAACUUAGGUAACACGUACGUACUACAUCUCAUCGAAAAUGUAUCUCGUUUAGCGAAAUUGUAACUUUAAUAAGUGAGUACCCGUUUUAGGCUGAUUGUUGAAGAGUAUUUUAUUUCGUUUUUUUUGUUAUAACUAUUCAAGUGGUACGCGAAGCAGCUCUGAAAGUGCGUAAUUUAUACACUAACAAGAUGAAUUAUCCCACACCUACACUAUUGACAAUAUUUAUUGUAAAUAAAUACAAAAAAAAAAUGUUUGCAAAAA